AUGGAGGCGAAUCAGAAGAAACAAGUCAGAACGCAGAACCCAAGCACAUGGCUUAUGGCUUUUGUCUUUCUGUCAUCAACCUCCUUCUUCUUCCCAUCUGCUUCGUGCCGUUCCUUCAACUACAAGCAAGCUCUCUCUCACAGCCUCCUCUACUUCGAGUCUCAGCGUUCCGGUCACUUACCCCACAACCAGAGGGCCACCUGGCGCCACCAUUCUGGCCUCACCGACGGCCUCGAACAAGGGGUGGACUUGGUGGGAGGGUACUAUGAUGCCGGAGAUAAUGUCAAGUUUGGACUUCCCAUGGCAUUCACCAUCACGUUGCUCUCUUGGGCAGUCAUCGAAUACAGUGACCUUAUUGCCGGCGCCGGCGAGUACGAACACGCUCUCGAGGCUAUCAAGUGGGGCACUGAUUAUUUCAUCAAGGCACACACGCACCCUCAUGUUCUUUGGGCACAGGUGGGCGACGGCGGCACGGAUCAUUACUGCUGGCAAAGGCCGGAGGAUAUGACGACAUCCCGGCGAGCAUACAAAGUGGACGCCAACAACCCCGGCUCGGAGGUUGCCGGAGAAACGGCGGCGGCAAUGGCGGCCGCUUCUAUAGUGUUUAGGAGAACAAAUCCACAUUACUCUCACCUACUAUUGCACCAUGCACAACAGUUAUUUGAGUUUGGGGACAAGUACAGGGGGAAGUAUGAUGACAGCAUUGGAGUGGCUAAAGGGUAUUAUUCGUCUGUGAGCGGGUACAGGGACGAGUUACUGUGGGCAGCCAUAUGGCUGUACAAGGCCACCCAAAGUGAUGACUAUUUAAACUAUGUUUUGGAGAAUGCUUAUGACUUUGGUGGGGCCACUUGGGCCAUCGCCGAAUUUAGUUGGGAUAUCAAAUAUGCCGGCGUCCAAUCCAUUGCUUCCAUGCUGCUCAUGGAAGAAAAACCCCUGAAAAAUAAAAACCAAGUCAUACUCCAACAGUACCGUUCAAAAGCAGAGCACUAUCUCUGCGCCUGCCUCGGCCAAAACAACUCCACUAACGUGCGUCUCACCCCAGGGGGCUUACUCUACGUCCGCCAGUGGAACAACAUGCAAUACGUCUCAACGGCGUCGUUUCUCCUCACUGUCUACUCCGAUCAUCUCCGAGCCGCAGGUCAGAGGCUCCACUGCGACAAAGGAGAGGUUUCUCCGCAGGAGAUCCUAGCCUUCGCAAAAUCACAGGUGGACUACAUCUUGGGUUCCAAUCCAAUGAGAACGAGCUAUUUGGUUGGCUAUGGACCCCACUUCCCCCUGAGGGUGCACCAUAGGGGCGCAUCCAUUGGGUCAUACAAAGAGAAUAAGGGUUUUAUUGGAUGCACGCAGGGCUAUGAUGACUGGUAUGGACGCCGUGAUCCUAACCCUAAUGUACUGGUUGGGGCCCUUGUGGGUGGGCCCAAUAGUACGGACGGGUUUAACGACGACAGGGGGAAUUACGUGCAGACGGAAGCAUGCACUUACAAUACAGCCGCAUUAGUUGGGGUGUUUGCCAGAUUGAACAGAGCACAAGAAGAGGAAGCUUUUAGUGAUGAAGAAGAAGCUAAUUUGGCUUUCAUCAGUGAUGGUUAA